AUGCCACCUCCGCCUUCAGCCGCUGGUGCUCAUCAAGAGAAAGAUGACAUGGCUGUUGAUGAAGUUGUGAAGAGCAAGGAGGUGGAUACUUUCGAACCAUCCUCAUCAAGGAAGAGAUCCUUCAGCAACAUCAACCGAAAAGGAGUAGGUGCUUUACCAAAUGGCAGUGCUACGGACCAGCAUGAUGAGUCCGAGGAUAGUGACCAGAAGAUAUGA